UUAGAAACAUUACAUUUUUUAGAAUUAAAUACAUUUUUAGUAAGUUUGAUUUUUAUUAACAUAUGAAGCAGCACCACUGUUUUUAACAUUGAUAAUAAGAAAUUUAACGGAGCUGGAAUAAAUGACACUUUCAAAUAUAUCCCAAUAGAAAACAGUUUAAAUAGCAAUAUUAAUAUUUGUAUUUCUGAUUAAAUAGAGGCUGUCUUGGUGAGCCGAUUGACGUCUGAGCUCUUUGUAACCAAACGUCACGACAUGAGCGCCUCCGCUGGACAUUAUUUAAACGGUGCGGGCGUGUUUUCCCCGAUCGGUGCCGCGCGUGUGUGUCAGCUAACGUUGUGCUGCGCCGUCGUCUCUAUGGUGAUCCACGCCGCCGGUUAUAGCGCCACCUACGGGACGUUCUGUAUGGCGGUUUGGACGUCGUGCUUCUCCAUCACAGCGUGUGUGUUCGUGCUGGACGUGACCCGCCUUCACGCGUGUCUCCCUUUGUCGUGGGAGAAUCUGACCGUGACGUUCGCGUCUCUAGCCGUGUUGCUAACGCUAACUGCGUCUGUCAUGUAUCCCGUGUACUUCGUGCGUGCGAACGACUGUCCUUUCAACAACUGCGACGUACGAAACUACCGUAUCGCGGUGACCGUGUGCUCGUGGGCGGCGUGCGUCGCGUACGGGACUGAGGUUUUUCUGUCGCGUGCUAAACCGGGUCGUGCCGUCGGCUACAUGGCGACUCCAUCCGGCAUCCUGAAAGUGGUGCAAAUCUUCGUAGCAUGCGUGAUUUUUGUGAUGCUAGCUAAUGGGAGUGAUUUCUCACGCCACGUGGCGACGGUUUACUGUGUGUCGGUGUUCGGCGUGUGUUUCGCCGUGUCGGUGCUGCUGGUGGCGCUGACGGUCUCGGGUCGGACCGCGGCGGUCCGACUGCCGUUCGAGCGGGUUGUGGUCGUCUACACGUUCGUAGCGGUGCUGCUAUACUUUAGCGCUGCUGUGAUCUGGCCCGUGUUUAGCUUCGACCGGAAGUACGGCGCUCCGCUACGACCGCAGGGCUGCCCGAGCGGGAAAUGCUCGUGGGACGUGAAGCUCGCCGUCGCCGUGUUGUGCUUCAUCAACCUCUCGCUUUACAUCGCGGACCUCGUGUAUUCGCAGAGGAACCGGUCGGUGGCGCAGCGCUCUCGAGUCUAGCGAGAACAUGCGUUGAUGAAACCGGGAUACUGUCCCUUACAUUAUGUAAUAAGUUCAAUAUGGCGUCUAACCCAUAAACUGUAAAGAAAUAUGCAUGACGUCACCCGUAGUGUUUCUGAAAAACAUUUUUGAAGCCCAAAGUGGGCGGAGCCAGCCGUCACCCUCUUGGUCGCGCGUCACUUCCGGAUAAACGAAAAUGUGCAGCGAGGCGGAUUAGCUGAGGUGACGUGAUGCUAACACUAGCAGAUAAACGUUAGCAGUGACAUCAGCGGCAAUCCACCUGUCACUCCUUAAUUAUGCAGAACUUUAAGACUUAAUAUAAUUUAAAUGGAUGAGUUAUAAAAAUAUUCACCCCCCUCACAGUCGUCAUGAAGGACAAAAUUAGCGAUAUAGACCAAAACCAGUUUUUGCACCAGACUGUGAACAUGUUUAUUCUGCUGUAAAGUUGGGCAUUUUAACAUGCGGGUCUAUGGGAGUGAGUCUCUUCUGCAGCGCCUCUAGUGGCCAGUGGAGGAACUGCAGUGCCAUCAAGAUGUUUACGAAACAGAUGCAUUAUGUAAGCGUGGUCAAUAUUGAACUGAACUGAGUCACUUUUGUCUUCUGUAACUCGUUUCAUACUCUCGUAUUUGAAGUUUGUAUCAAUUCUGUUAUUUUCCUGUUAUUUACUGUGAAGCUGCUUUGAAACAGUCUGUGUUGUUUUAAGCGCUAUAGAAAUAAAUCUGACUUAAGU